AUGAAGGCCCGCUUCAGAGUUCAGCAUCAGAUUCUUUCGGGCAUGAAGUACGUCCAGGUUGUCAAGCGCAUGGGUAUCUCGAACAAGAUGCAGGAGAUGAUUGGUUCUUACUCUCCCAACACCACCGACAAGCCCGAGUACGAGAAGAAGUGUAAGUUCUCGACAUCUCGGCGCGCAUCUUAUUUGCUUGAACUGACAACAUCGAAACAGNUCGAGGCAGAGACCGCACCCUCAGGCAUGAUGGCUCGCGGCCACUACAACGCCGUGUCCAAGUUCAUUGAUGACGACGAGCAGACCCACUUGAAGUUCGAGUGGUCCUUUGACAUCAAGAAGGACUGGUAG